CUAGGAUUCUACAUGCUGCGGAAAGUCACCCACUGUUUGAUUUACGUGAUAUUGCUGACUUCUCCGAUUGGGAUAGUACUGGUAUAUAAAAUGUGUGCAAAGGGGCCUCUUCUUGCUCCAACGUCCGUAUACGAGCAAACUACACAGUUCAUUCCUACCUGAUCACUUGUACAGAUGUCGAGAACUAGAGUCAUAGUAGUGGGUGCUGGCAUCGCUGGUCCCGUUCUUGCGAUCUUCUUGAAGACUAAAGGCUAUGAUCCUAUCAUAUACGAAAGACUCCCGAGUCCAGGAGAGGGUGGACUCAGCUUCAUGUUGCAGCCUAACGGUCUCCGUGUCCUAUCGCUCAUCCCCGGCCUCAUUGAACAGAUCCCUGGCCAUUCUCCAGAAAGGAUGAUUCACUAUACGAUGCGAGAACACUUUGGUUUCCCCUUGAUCGGAGUUCGGCGUGCAGAGUUUCAUCGGCUUUUGAUCGACACAGCCGAGAAGCACGGUAUUGAGAUCAAAUGGGGCCACCAGGCAGUUGUGUUUGAGCAAAGCGAGGACACAGUAGAAGUCAUGUUCGCGAAUGGCAUCAAGGACACGGCGAGCUUUGUCGUAGGCUGCGACGGGCUGCAUAGCAAUACCCGAAUUGCACUCUUUGGAAAAGAAAAGGCAAACUUCACUGGAUUGGUGCAGUUCGGUGGGAUGUCUCCAACACCACCUGUUCUUCAGGGAAAGUUUGCGAAUAAUUACGGGAAUGGUCGCCAUAUGGUUUCGUACCCUGUUGCGGAGGACAAGCAUUCAUGGGCGAUCACUACUCGGGAAGCUGAGGCCAAGGAGGAUUGGAAAACACAACACGUAGAACAACAGAACGAAAUCCGAAGAGGACCCCUAUCUGAUUGGGGGUACGGGGCGGGAGAUUUGGUCAAGACCGGCCAAAAGAUCGUAAAGUAUGGCCUCUACGACCGACCUGAACUCAAGUCGUGGUUUAAGGGAAGAAUCGUUCUUUUGGGCGAUGCAGCUCACCCCACGAGUCCGCAUCUGGGACAAGGUGCCAAUCAAGCGUUCGAAGACGUUUACCAUAUUAUGCGACUUUUGAAGAAAUACAACCCUUCUGCUAGCCAGCCUUCAACAGAGUUGUUGUCGCAAGUCUUCAUAGAUUACCAAGAUCUUCGGCUACCGCGUACAUCCGAGCUCGUGAGGGGGGCUAGACAGCAAGGGGAGGCUCGGGUUGUCGAGGGCAUCGAUGUAUGUAGGGGGAGAGAUGAAAAAGUACGGGCAGGGUCCCACGAUGAUGCGGCGAGGAUAGCAUACUAUGAAUUGUUAUCUGGACCGUUUAAGGACAGUGAAAUGUAGUCACCCCUCACUAGUACUUGUUGUGCAGAAUUCGAACGGGAUUUGCCGCGUUGCGCUCGACAUCAUAUCUGACAACAAUAAGUCCAGUAUUUCACGUCAGCCACAACUUCCAUAGGCGCAUCGUCAUUGGCGACAACAACACUUAAGCGUGUGUUGUGAUUCCUGAAUAUUUCAACGUUGUCAGCAACAUUAAACGUUGCAACCAUGCAUGAUCCAUUCGAAAUUCUCUUCGUCCAUCACCCGCUCAUGUACAUCUCACUACCACAACUUACGUCUGCCUGACGUUCAAUUCAAUGCAUGCGAUGGGUUUGCAUUGAUUAUGGCGAGCAGCUCACAACAAUCGAUACAGAAAG